CGGGGAUGAGGGGCGUCGGGGCCGCCGGUGGCGGAGCCCGGACAGACGUGCGGCGGGCGGGUGUCCCCCGAGUCCCUGUGUUUUCCCCCCUCGGGGCUGCGCCCCUGCACCCCGCGGCCGCCUGCCCAGCCGGUGUGUGUGCGGGUUGUGCGUUGCAGGCGAUGGCUGGGAGAGCGGAUUGACGGUGCGCACAGGAGAGGGGUGGGAACAGCGUGCGCCUGCUAAACAUGGAGGAAGAUGAAGAGGAAGACUACAUGUCCGAUUUAUUUAUUAAACAGGAUGUAAGGCCAGGCCUGCCCAUGGUGAGGCGGGUGAAGGAAGCAAUUCAGAAAGAAGAAAAGCAAAAAGAAGCCAAUGAGAAGAACAGGCAAAAGAGUAUAAAAGAAGAAGAAAAAGAGAGACGUGACCUGGUAUUGAAAAGUGCAUUGGGCAAUGAGAACAAAGGCUUUGCUUUGCUCCAAAAGAUGGGCUACAAAAGCGGCCAGGCCCUUGGGAAAAGCGGAGAAGGCAUUGUUGAACCUAUUCCUCUGAACAUAAAAACAGGCAGAAGUGGGCUUGGUCAUGAGGAAUUAAAAAAGCGAAAAGCUGAAGAAAAACUGGAAAACUACAGACAAAAACUCCACAUGAAAAAACAAGCAAAUGAACAAGCUGCAGAUCAGUUCAGAAUAAGAUUCAAAAACAAGCAAGAAGAACGUAAGAUGGAAGGGGACCUCCGAAAAAGCCAGAGGGCCUGCCAGCAGUUAGAUAUGCAAAAAGAUAUUGAUGCUCCAAAGGAGACUUGGUAUUGGCUAGAACCUGAGGAGGAAGACAAAAAGGAUGAGGAAGACAAAGAAGAUGAAUGCACAAGCUCAGACUUAAGUGUAUCAGAAAAGCUACACAUCCUGACUACCUAUUUGAGACAAGAACACUUCUAUUGCAUUUGGUGUGGAACAACCUAUGAAGGUGAGAGUAAACUUACUCUGAAGAUUUAUCCUCAAACUGUCCCGGAAACAGUGCUGCAGAUCAUGACUAAAGCCCUUCUAAGGGAAGAAGUCCUGGAUAAGAACUGCUGCAAGUCCCUGGCAAGUAUCUGCAUUCUGCUCAACAAACACAGCAGCAGCCUUCCUCUCCUACCCAGAAUGAUCACAUUCUUUCAACCUCUGUCCCUUCAAGAAGGGGUGACCAUCUGUGACAUCAGUCUGCAAGUUAGAGAAACCCUUCUGAGAUCUGGAAAUGUGGAUGAAAUACAUUCACCCACCUACAGCCUUACACUUUCCAGAAGAGUUCCCUCGCCAUCAGCCCACCGGACAGGCUGAGGCUGGAGAUGGUGAGGGAAAGGACAACAUGAAAAGGAGGCACCACUUUUUCCACCUUGCACUGUGUGAUCUGAAUGCCCAGAAAUAAAGCCACCUGAGGCAUUGAAAAAAUAAGUGGCUAGGGACUCUCUGUAAACCUUGAGGUCAGGGCACUAAGUGGAAUUCCAGGCUGGGAUCUUGGCUUUGAGGGCUUGUUUUCUGUCUUUUACCCAAUAACUGUUCAAUAUAAAAUGCAUGUGAUACGGAGACUCCAACAUAUUAAUGGUUGGGUUUUGACACCAGAUAUUUUUUUUUCCCCAUUUUAUUCCUCAUUUACUGAGCACAAUGAACACAUACCAUGCCAACCAUAAUUUUGAAUCCAUUAAUAUUUUAUGACUCUGGGUAAGUGUGGCAACCUAUCUAAAGGGUCUGAAUUUACAGCUAGUGAAAAAAGCUUGCCACAGAAGCUUUGAAAAGUUAAUAACCUAACUUAGGAGUAAAAGUCUCACUACUGUCUUCCCAGAAGUUCUUCGUUUUGAAAUACUACCUUAAAUGAAAGAGCAUUUCGUUUUGUAUUUCUGUUCUCAACAACCAAAACUGUUUCAGGCAUCACGGUUAAACUGCUAACUUAGAGAAGUAAUUAAAUCUAUGAGACCUACUGGCUGAACAGUACUUAUUAAAAAAAGGAAACUUCCAAUCAGGAAUUUGGCAACCAACUGCCACACAAUUUUUUAGUUUCUGUUGUUAAUUCUAGCCCCAGAUUUUGAGUUCUGCCUUCUUACACUCCUCUAUAGAUUCAGCAAGUUCUGUAUAUUAAGAAAGAGGAGAAAGAUAAAAUUACGUAAUGUAUCUUAUUCAUCAAGAAAAAUAAGAUAUAAAUGUACUUAAUUACAUACGACCUGCUGCUGAAAAGCACUGUGCCCUUUUUCCUAACAGAAGUAUGUAUGUGUAUACAUUUAAAUGUGUAUAAUGAUUUAUAACCAAUCUUCAGCCUUUCUUUUUACAACACAGAGUUCACUAUGGC